ACGGCUCCAUAGUACUUUUUGUCUGAAACUUAACUUCUAGACAUCGAUGAAUGCAGCGCUCAGCCAAGCCCAUGUCAACAGAUUUGCAUCAACACAGUCGGAAGCUUCACUUGUUUAUGUAGACCUGGAUUCGUCGUAAAUACAAUGGACCCAACAAAGUGUGAUGCUCCAACGGAUUCUGAUUCUCCUUAUGGAGACUGUGUUCCGUUAACAAGUGAAAUAAUUAAAACCCGAAACGUAACAUCAGCCCUGAAAUGCUACUCAGUUUGUAGGAUAGAACAAUGCUACUCUUUCAAGUUUGCCAAUGGUCUGUGUACAAUCAAGCUCUAUGCCGGGGAGCCUGUAGAUUUUAGUCAAAAUGUAGUUGCUGGAUCAUUUAUCUCAUGCUACAAUGAAAACUCACAGUGCACUUUAAAAAGCGAUGUAGAUUCUUACAUACCCCUCACUGGCGAGCCUCACGAGGAUUGUUUUUACUAUUGCCUUGGAGAUCCCGAUUGUAUCGGCUAUAAAUAUUUCCCUAAAAGUUCUUGUAUUAAUACUUAUACGGUUGGAUCCACUGUUGACAUAAAGAACUUUCCGGUGGACACAUUUGUCUAUCUUAAAUGUGAUAAAUAAAACAGUUGGGGAAGACACGUCUAAACAGAAAGCAACAAUGUACUGCCGGAGACUCGA